GGUAUGGCAAAGGUAUGAGAAAAAAUAUAAGGUAUACCGUACGGAACCACCCCUACUCCUACGGCUUUGAAGCUGUUAAAACUUAAAACUUCAAAACUCCAUUCUUGCUUAUCUUCACAGUUUAUGCUUUAAACUCCAGCUUCUUGAAUAUCCUGUCUUCCGAUCAAAUUUCUCAUUUUGGAUAUGAAUGAAGGAGAUGAAGCCGUUCAUCGUCGGAAUACCAUCUUAGAUCACCGAAAGAAGCUACUUCAGCACAAAGAGCUCGAAUCUAGACUUCGAACAGUAAGGGAUAAUUUGAGAGCUGCAAAGAAGGAUUUCAAUAAAACUGAGGAUGAUUUGAAGUCUCUACAGAGCAUUGGUCAGAUUAUUGGUGAAGUUCUUCGGCCUCUUGACCAUGAACGAAUGAUUGUCAAAGCAAGCAGUGGCCCAAGAUACGUUGUUGGCUGCCGUAAUAAACUUGACAAGGAAAAAUUGAUAGCUGGAACUAGGGUUGUCCUUGACAUGACUACCCUCACCAUCAUGCGAGGUCUCCCACGUGAGGUUGACCCUAUGAUUUAUAACAUGCUCCAUGAGGAUCCUGGAAAUGUUAGUUACUCUGCUGUUGGUGGUUUGUCAGAUCAAAUUAGAGAACUUCGUGAAUCUAUUGAACUGCCUCUAAUGAAUCCUGAGCUCUUCCUUAGGGUUGGAAUAAAGCCUCCAAAGGGUGUUCUUCUCUAUGGGCCUCCUGGUACGGGGAAGACAUUGCUUGCUAGAGCUAUUGCCAGCAACAUCGAUGCCAACUUUUUAAAGAUUGUUUCAAGUGCCAUAAUCGAUAAAUACAUUGGCGAAAGUGCAAGGUUGAUUCGAGAAAUGUUUAACUAUGCUCGUGAUCAUCAGCCAUGCAUAAUCUUUAUGGAUGAGAUUGAUGCAAUUGGUGGAAGACGUUUUAGUGAGGGAACAAGUGCUGAUCGUGAGAUUCAGAGAACACUCAUGGAGUUACUUAAUCAGAUGGAUGGAUUUGAUCAGCUUGGGAAGGUGAAAAUGAUAAUGGCAACAAAUAGACCUGAUGUUCUUGACCCCGCACUUCUCCGACCUGGACGUCUCGACCGGAAGAUUGAAAUUCCUUUGCCAAAUGAGCAGUCAAGAAUGGAAGUUCUUAAAAUACAUGCUGCUGGGAUAGCUAAGCAUGGUGAAAUUGAUUAUGAAGCUGUUGUUAAACUUGCAGAAGGCUUCAAUGGAGCUGAUCUCCGGAAUGUAUGUACUGAGGCUGGAAUGUCAGCUAUCCGUGCAGAAAGAGAUUAUGUUAUCCAUGAAGACUUUAUGAAGGCUGUCCGGAAGCUCAACGAGGCUAAGAAGCUUGAAUCCAGUUCUCACUACAAUUCAGAUUUCGGAAAAGACUAGUUGAAAAAAAUGCUUCUUAUUGAGACUCGAUAGUGACCCCAGGGAAAGUAGAUGCAUGGGGAUGUAAAAACAGUGUCGCAUGGUAAUUAGAACUUAAGCUGAUGCAUCAAUAGAUGAAGACAACUCCCACCCUGCCCUCCAGAAAACAGUGUAGUAUGCACAUACAUGGCUCUUUUCUGACAUGGGAAAACUUUUUUUUCUUUCAGGUUUUGAACAUUUGGUGUUCUUUUGAUCUAGUUAAUAAACUUGUUUUUGUUGCCUUCUAUAUGUCCGUAUGUGUGUGCAUGGUAACAACUAACAAGUUGGCCAAACAGGAUUUCGAUAGCUUAAAGUUGCAUUGUGGUGUUCGUGCCAUUUGUGAUGUUUGGUGCAGAACGUGUAAUAUCAAACAUUGGCAGUGGAUAUUAAGAGACCGUACUUGGUAACUGUAUUGAUUUUAUUCUACUUGUUGGCAG